UAUUAAGUUUUUGGGACCGUUUAAUUAAUAUGAAAAAGUCGUUGAAAGAAAAUUUCGCCUUUUUAGACGACGGAGAUUUGGAUCUUGAAUGUGCUUCACAGAAACUUUUAAAUGCGCACAGUUUUGUUUGUAACUUUCACACUUCUCUAUGUCAUCUGUUUAGUUCGACUUUGCGGCUUUGCGUGAAUCUAUACGAAAAAGAAAAUUGUUUUUCCGCAAAAAUCGAGCAACUUUUUUGUCAAGAACGUUUUUUAAAGACAAUCUGCCGUUCUUUUUUUUUAGUGACUGAAGACCACGUGGACAUUGUUAAAUUACUUUUGCUGCGUGAUAAGAAAUUCAGCGAGAGCUUCCGCGUGUAUAACAUGUUGGGGUCGGCCCAUAUUUUCGACACUGUUUUAUCCAAUAAUCUUUUGUGUAUAACUACAAACGAGCUUGCAUACGCUGAUGAACGAGUUAUUUUAUGUGAACUUUUAGAUGAGGCCUUUUCAGCUUUUUUAUUGGCCACUCAAAUUGAGGCCGGAAAUGUUUAUUACGUUUUACUUUCGAGUCUUCACUCCCUUAUAUUUAAGCCUUUUGCUUAUAACAACGCAGCGAGUUUUCAAAACUUUAUCGAAUCAAGCUUGCGUAUCUACGCGAGAAGCGUUAAUAACAUACUAGAAAAGUCUACAACACCUGCACACCCUGAGUCGGAUCAUUAUUUUUCUUGCGUCUUGAAAGCUGCUGGGGAAACCAUGGAAGUGUUUUACGAAUCAGAUUCUCCCCGCACAACAGUAGUUGAUUGGUUCAGAUUUUGCUUUUUCAGCUCGAAACAGUCGCUAACGGAUGCUGCGCUCUCUUUUUUGCGAGGAUUGUUGGGGCUGAAAAGAAUGUAUCAUCUCUCACUGGUCGAGAGCAAUCCCAUUUUGAAAUCUUCGCUGUGGGUGUCGCUUGUAGAAGUAAUAAAGAAACUUGGUGAGACGCAGCCGAGUCGUUUAUUACUGCCUUUGAUGAGAUCACUGCUAUAUUUUGGCGCAAUUUAUAAACACAAUGACGGCGCCUUUCCCGCUCUUUUGAAGAGCUACUGCCAACUGUUCUAUAAUUGGACAGAAGCAGCGGAAAAGUCCCCUUACUCGUUGUAUUGCGCCGAAGAGCUUCUCAGUCUUUUUAGAGAACUGGUCAGCCUGGUUGGCGCAUCUACCGAGCCUUUUGCCGGCCAUAAGAGAAGAAAAGUUGUUGGCGGGGGGGAGGGCCUCUUCACGUGCACCUACGCCCAGACAGGCUCCAAAUUCACCGAGCAGUGCUGGUAUCACUGUUAUACAUGCAACUUGCAGCAAUACGAGGGGUGUUGUGUAGUUUGCGUCAAGGUCUGCCAUUCCGGACACGACGUUGCUUUUGCUAGAAAGUCGAGUUUCUACUGCGAUUGCAACGCUUCUGAAACUUGCCGGGCCCUGAAUGCUGUGCCUGCAGAUCUGCUUCAGCAAUGCAGAGAAUUUAAAGCGGACGGCCUUCCCGUUCGUUCUUUCAGCUGCCAUACAGAAGAUUUUAUGAAGUCCGACUACGUGGAGGACCACGUGGAAGACGCCUUGUGUCUGGGAGAGGACUGGAGGGAAGCUAUUAAGGGAGCGAAAGCGACUUGUUUAAAGAUAUUGCUUGAAGGCAGCUUUCUUACUACUGCGAUAGAUCUGCUUUGUUGCUACAUCCGUUGCGACUCUAAGCAAAGUAAAGGAAAAGCUUUGAGGAAACCACUAAACUUUUUUCCUUCUGGGAACGAGAAUUAUGUGGAGGUUUCCAUGCGGACUCCUCGAAACUUUCUGGAGGAAGUCCCCGUGAAGUCUGAAGAGUUACUGAAUGCACUGAACAAUCGUGUAGUUUCCCGCGUUAUCUUGCAAAGCGUAGAACUUGAAGGUGUACACUAUUUUCUUUGCGCUUCUGGUCAGAACGUUCACGUUAUUUCUGCCACCCAAAGUUUUCUUCUUUCCAAGUUUCUGAUUAGCGAAAGGAACAAGGCGCUCGUUGUCUCCUCUGCUACUUUUUCUAGUGAAAUUUUCUCAAUUGUUCCCAAUGCGGCGCACUGUUAUUAUUUUGCUGUUUGCGGCUUGACUGAUGUAGCGGUCUUUACGCUCAAUUCUGAAGGAAAAAUAGUAUCAAAACUGCCCAUUUCAUUGGGCAUGCAAGAGUUUGAAGGAGGCGUAAAAGUUGUGAAAGUUAUAUGGUUGCCCAAUUCCCAAACUCGUAUAGCCGUUAUUACAACGAAUUUUGUGAAAGUAUAUGAAUUAUUAAAAGAUAAUAUUUCUCCGAUCAAUUGUUAUUGCGUAUGUGACAACCACGUGAUCGUAAACUGCAUUUUUUUUGUGGGCGAUGAGACGAACGAAUUUUUUAUAUGCACAGAAACUUCGCAAUCAUCAUUGUAUAUUUCAAAGCUUAUCAAAAUGGAGGAAGAUGACGCUACUUCCUCCGUGGGCCGCCAGAGUUUAAUUGAAGAUGCGUUAUACAUGAUCUUACUGGAGAAUUCUUAUUUUCUUGGAUACUCAACAUUCCUUAAAAAAUUGCUUCUUUUUUAUUAUGACGGAAGUAUUGGUGCCAUUGAUUUCCGAUCGGGAGGUGCUCCGUCCAGCAAAAUUGUUGGGGGCGUUAACAAAGACAAAAUUUUCUACGACACCGAAUCGGACAAGAUUGCGUAUUUUUACGAGCUGCAGACUUUUCCUGAAUUAAUAGUUCUUAUGAAGUACGGGAGCCCUGAAUUAUUGUUCGUUGAUAUUUCCUCUGGGGACCAAUCAAGCUCAACAAGUGUUUACUUAAAAAGUAAUGUUGAAGGCAUUUGCGAGUUAACAUAUUCUUCGCGAGAUCCCUACAACUUUUCUUUAUACGCGCUUUCCACGGACGGAGCAAUUUCUCGUGUGCAGUUUUCAGCGCCAUUAAAGCAAUUUUUAAAGCACCUCACUAAUAAUAAUGAGCUUCACCUUUUGCUCUCCAAUCAUUAUUUAUACAAAGAAAAUUAUUUACCCUUUGACUUUUUUGAGCGCGCCACUGACCUGACUAAUGAAGUGCGUUUUAUUGGAAAUGAUAUACUGCAGAAUUAUACCGUUCAAAUGGCUUAUGAAAGGCUCUUUUCUAUUAUUAUUAUAAUUUUUCUGUACAUCCAUAUGUAUUUUUAA